AUGUUCCUGAACUUGGCUGCUGUUGUGCUGCUCCUCGGUGUGCGGCGUCUGCACGGCUCUGCGCUCCCCGCCGUGUCCUCCUAUGAGUUCACCGCCUACAGGAUGCAACAGUUCAACUUGGCACAGCACAAGCAUGGCUGCCGCGGAGCCAUCGUCGUGGCCGAGGCCCGCUCGGCGGACGAGCCGUCCCUGACCCGCCGCUGCGUCAUCAUGAGGGUGCAGGACUUCACCAGUCAGAAGUACUUUGAGGCGCAGAGACAAAACGCUGCAGCUGUACUGAUCCUGCUGCCCAGAAACACAUCCAGCAUCCCUCAUGGCACAAUACAGUCCUUCAUGGUGAGUGAAAGUGAGACCUUGCAGAAGGAGACCCUCAUGCCGGUGUACGUCGCCCCCGAAGACGAGCAGCUGCUCUACAUGUAUGAGGAGAUCAAGCAGGCCGCAGCCACACGCACAUCCUCCAUAUUUGUCAGAGUGCUUCGUAGUAUGGUCACAGCUACAGCCUUCCAGAUCCUGGUGAGCAACAACGCUCCGAUAAAAGCCGUCACUGACAACUCAGUGAUCACUCUGGAGGGAGUGCUUCCUGGAUCGGUGGAGGAUGCACCCACUAUUGUCAUCACUGCCCACUACGACUCCUAUGGGCUGGCCCCAUGGUUGUCGUUUGGAGCCGACUCUAACGGCAGCGGCGUGACCAUCCUGAUGGAGCUGGCUCGUCUCUUCCAGAAGCUUUACAGCAGCUCCAGCACCAGACCACAAUAUAAUUUAAUGUUCUCCUUGACUGGAGGAGGAAAAUACAACUUCCUUGGCACAAAGCGGUGGAUUGAGGAGAAUUUAGACCACGCUGAGUCCAGCCUGCUGCAUGACAAUGUGGCGUUUGUUCUGUGUUUGGACACGCUGGCCAACGGGGACGAGCUGUACGUGCACGUGUCCCGCCCCCCUAAACCUGACAGUCCCAUGCAUGCAUUCAUUCAGCUGUUGGAGGAGGUGGUUUCCUCCAGAUUCCCCUCAGUGAAGGUGGGAUUGAUUCAUAAGAAGAUCAACCUGGUGGAGUCCACCGUGGCCUGGGAGCAUGAGCGUUACAGCCUGCGCAGGAUUCUCGGGUUCACUCUCUCUCAUGUUGAAGAUCCCAAAUCUGAGCUCCGUGGCUCAAUGCUGGACACAAUGUCUCAAGUGGACUUCAGGAGACUCAAGCGAAACGGCAUCAUUGUAGCAGAAGCUCUGGCUCGAUAUAUGUACAAUCUCUCUGACAAGGGUUCACCAAAGGAAGUGCAGGUUUUCAAGGGUCAGCUGGACUUUCAGGACAGUCGGAUUUCCAGCCUGAUGUCCUUCCUGACGUCAGUCCCUCGGGCCACCCAGCUGCUGGAUAAGGAGCCCGGUCACAUGCUGCUGGUCAACUCACUGGAGCACGAGUUUAAACGUUACCUGCAGCAAGUGUACAGACACACGUUUCGACAAGACAAGAGGGACCCUGAUAUUACAUUUUUCGAUCAAAUGAACCAGCCUGUCGUGAUGUACAGAGUGAAGCCUGCUGCGUUUGAUCUGUUCCUGGGUGGCUGCAUUGCAGCUUAUUUGGGAAUAGUUUAUUAUGCAAUCCAGAAUUUUGGACAUCUCUAUACAAAAUUGAAAGCAGCAGUGAAACCUAAGCACCAAUGAAUGCAGUGAGACUCCGAACACCGAAGCUGUGACUAACACUUUGAAGUCAUUUCUGCACACGUUGGAUAAUUUGUUUCACUGCUUGUGCACAACAUGAAAGCAGUGCAACACGAAUCUCCUCACAAUGGCUAUAUGCAUAUU